AAGAGUCAUUUGAAGUGAACAAUGACGUAAUGAAGAGCCACAUAGUAUGGAUUAUCAUAGGGCAAACCCUAUUUUUGAUUAUUAAGUCGUCGGCGUCGCCGUUCAUCAAAUCGAGUCCCAAGGAGCAAUUUGGGAUGAGCAACACACACUUUUGGCGCGAUUUUUCGUCGCCCUUCACCGACAUCCCCGAGAAUGACAUCGAAGAGGAGCCGGAGGAGACAACGACGCACGAUCCCUACCCCUUUUUCGAGGACCCGAACAUGUCGGCGAACGUCACGACGCAACUAGGCAGCAACGUGUAUCUGCAUUGCAAAGUGAACGAUUUGCGGGGGAAAACGGUUUCAUGGAUGCGACGAAAGGGUACCGAUAUCCAUCUAAUAACGGUCGGUUUGCAGACCUACAGCAGCGAUUCACGUUAUUCGAUAGAGUUUAAGGAGCCAAAUGACUGGCAACUUCUCAUACAGUACGCGAAUGAACGUGACGAGGGAAUCUACGAAUGCCAAAUAUCAUCCCAUCCGCCAUUAGUUUACGUAGUACAGUUAACAGUGAUAGUGCCACGUGUGGAAAUUGUUGAUGAGCGUGGUCUAGCGACACCCGAUAAAUUUUACAAGGCUGGCAGUACAAUAGAACUGAAAUGUGUGAUUAGCAAAGUACCGCAACCGACGUCGUACGUAACGUGGAAGCACGGCAUACGGAUGCUGAAUUACGAUACAAGUCGUGGCGGAAUUAGUGUAAAAACAGACCUAAAUACGGGAGGAGCUGUCAGUAGAUUGUACAUAGCGAAUGCGAAUCGACAGGAUUCGGGAAACUAUACUUGCUCGUUGGCUGACGUGGCGCUCACAACGGUAGCAGUUCACGUGUUGAAUGCGGGUGAAAAUCCUGCUGCAAUGCAGACUGGAGGCUCGUCGCCGAGUUGGACACCGUUAACGAGUGUCAUGUUGUUGUGUGUCAUCCUUAUGCAGUUGCUUCAUCAACGGUGA